AUGGCAAGAGCUACGGUACAAUUAACAGAUUUCUCUUUAGCUGCUCCUUCCAGGAGUGAUUAUUGCCAAUCAAAAGGGUCAAGUAGAUGCAGAAGCAGAGUCACAAUGAUCUCCUCCAGGUUGAUGACUAAGUUCCCGGGUUUGCGGUCUGCCAACGCGCUGGAUAAUGUCGUUAGAUAUGGACAGAGUUUAAGUUCAAAAGUGGUUUCAACUGGCGGCCGGAGAGAAAAGUGUAGCCGGAUUGUGCCGAAAGCUAUGUUAGAAGGCUUUACAGAGGCAAGUUUGGGUGUGAUUAAGUUUGCAGAGAAUGAGUCAAGAAGAAUGUGCCAUGAUUCCAUAGGCACUGAGCAUAUCUUAUUAGGUCUUCUUGGUGAGAAGAAAUAUUUUGCUGCAAAGGUCCUGAGAUCCGUUGGGAUCGAAUUAGACGAUGCACGUGAAGAGGUCGAGAAAAUCCAAGGGAAAGGAAAUAGAUCGGUGACGCAUGUCUCUUACACAGCCCAGGUAGAGAGAGUUUUGGAAUUUGCAGACGAGGAGGCUCGCAAACUCGACCAAGUUUAUAUUGGGACGAAGCACCUGUUGUUAGGUUUGGUCCGCGAAGAUGAAUGCGUGGCAGCUAAGGUUCUCGAGGAGCUUGAUGUCGAUCUCAGUGAGAUUCGCUCAGAGGCAUUGAGAAUGGCGGGCCAUCAGGAUGCAGAAGAAGUACUUGCGGACUAUGGCACGAAUAUAUCGAAGCUCGCUGAGGAGGGGAAACUGGAUCAUCCUGUUGUUGGAAGACAGGAACAGAUUUUGCGUGUGAUUCAGAUAUUGUGUCGAAAGGAAAAGAACAAUCCAUGUCUUAUUGGAGAUUGCGGGGUACGGAAAACAGAUAUUAUUGAGGGCCUGGCUCAACGGAUUGCCAAGGGUGAUGUUCCUAAGAAACUUCAGGGGAAGAAGAUCAUGACAUUAGAGACUGGCAAGCUGACUUCUGGAUAUAUAUACCGUUAUGUAUGUUCGGAAAAGAUGGAGGGAUUGAUGGAGAAGAUAAAAGAAAGUGAUGAUGAAAUCAUACUUUUCAUUGAUAAAAUGCACACAUUGAUUGAUGGACAUGGAGAAGUUUUCAAAUCGGCUCUUGCCAGCGGUAAACUGCAGUGGAUUGGGGCUACAACGGAGCACGAAUACCAAUACAACAUUGAAACAGAUCCAGAUUUUGAGAGCAAGUUCCAGCCUGUUAAGGUGCCAGAAGCUUCUGUGGAUGAAACUAUUCAGAUUUUGAAAGGACUUCGAAAGCAAUACGAGAUCCAUCACAAUGUACGUUACACGGACGAGUCUUUGGUCGCGGCUGCCCAGCUCGCGCACCAAUACAUCAAAGGCCGUUUAUUGCCUGAUAAAGCAAUUGACUUGAUUGAUGAAGCCGGUUCUCAGGUUCAGCUCCGCGAGAAUGAUCUUUCAGGGAAAGUUGGGGAGUUUGAAAUAGAACUCAGACAGAUCGCAAAGGAGAAGGAUGAAGACGUCCGUAAUCAAGACUUUGAAAAGGGCGCGAGGUUACGUGACACUGAAACGGACCUAAAGGCUCAAAUGUCGAACCUUGCUGCGAUAGAUAAAGAGGUGAGCAAGACAGAAACAACUCAGGUAAAAGAUGAAGCACCGGUUGUGACAGAAGUGGAUAUUCAGCAAAUUGUGUCGAAAAUGACUGAGAUACCUGUUGAGAAAGUGUCCAGUGAUGAAUCCGAUCGGCUCCUGAAAAUGGAAGAAACGCUGCGCACUCGAGUUAUCGGACAGGAUGAAGCUGUCAAGGCCAUUAGUCGUGCUAUUCGCCGCGCUCGUGUUGGACUCAAGGACCCCAAACGGCCUAUUGCGAGCUUUAUUUUCUCUGGUCCAACUGGAGUGGGGAAGACAGAACUAGCUAAAGCACUGGCAGCUUGCUACUUCGGCUCUGAAGACGCGAUGAUCAGGCUCGAUAUGAGCGAAUACAUGGAAAGCCAUACCGUAUCCAAGCUCAUUGGUUCGCCUCCUGGAUAUGUUGGUUACAAGGAAGGCGGACAGCUGACUAGAGCUGUGUGCCGGCGUCCAUAUACCGUUGUCCUGUUUGAUGAGAUCGAGAAGGCACAUCCAGAUGUUUUCAACAUGAUGCUUCAGAUCCUCGAAGACGGGCGCCUGACCGACGGUGUGGGUACCACAGCUGACUUCAAGAAUACACUUUUGAUCAUGACAUCUAAUGUGGGAAGUAAAAUCAUCGAGAAAGGCGGCCGAGGCUUUGGUUUUGAUCUAGAUUACGACGAGAAAGAUAGUAGUUACGACAGAAUUAAAAGCCUGGUGAAAGAUGAAUUGAAACAAUAUUUCAGGCCUGAAUUCUUGAACAGGUUGGAUGAGAUGAUAGUGUUCAGGCAACUAACUAAACUUGAGGUGAAGGAGAUUGCUGACAUUAUGCUGAAGAAAGUGUUUGAGAGGUUGAAGAAGAAGAAAAUACAACUUGAGGUUACAGAGAAGUUCAGAGAUAAAGUUGUUGAUGAAGGUUACGACCCGAGCUAUGGAGCUCGGCCUCUACGAAGAGCGAUAAUGCGACUGUUGGAGGACAGUUUAGCUGAGAAGAUGCUAGCGGGGGAGAUUAACGAAGGCGAUUCAGUCAUCAUAGACGUCGAUUCAGAUGGCAAUGUAAACUGCCUCAAAGGCAGUGCCGGCGGCGCCGUAUCAGGACCACUGCCUGAGGAAAUUACCACUGUGUAG